CAAUCAGCUUUGAAGCUGCGGCUGGUGGUUCACGCGACCACUGUUAUUUCAAAAUGCAUACACACGAGAUGGUUGAGUGAGGAUGCGACUGCCCAGCUCUGUCCUAGUGUCGGUCUCUUUGUUUACGGCCGAGACGACGGCUGCUCUCUAUCUGAGUAGCACUUAUCGGUCCGGGGGUGAUAAGAUUUGGCAGUGUUUUACGCUUCUGUUCACGCUUGUGCCAUCCGUGCUGGUGCAGCUCACAUUAAUAUUUAUCCACAGAGACCUGAGUAGAGACAGACCUCUGGUGCUUCUUCUUCAUAUUUUACAACUGGGGCCAAUAAUACGGUGCCUGGAUGCUUUUUGUAUCUAUGGCAGUGCUGGAAAGGUGGAGGAGCCGUAUGUCACCAUCACCCGUAAAAAGCAGAUGCCCAGAGAGGGACAGGCUGAGGAGGUGGAGCAAGAAGUUGGGCAGGCGGAUGGGAAGCUAGUAACCCACAGGGCGGCUUUCGCCAGAACCUCCGUCAUACAGGCCUUUCUGGGAUCUGCACCCCAGCUUACACUGCAGCUAUACAUAUGUGUACUGCAGAAAGGGGUUUCUAUUGGUAGAGGAACUCUGAUGGUCAUUUCACUUCUCUCCAUCGUAUACGGAGCCCUUCGCUGCAACAUUCUGGCCAUCAAAAUACGCUACGACGAUUACGAAGUUUCUGUUCAUCCGCUGGCAUACCUGUGCGUGUUCCUGUGGCGAGGGUUUGAGAUUGCCACGCGGGUGACGGUGCUGGUGCUCUUCGGGUCCGUGAUGAGGGUGUGGAUCCUUCCGGUGGUGUCGGCCAACUUCAUCCUGUUCUUUCUGCACCCCUGGGUUAUUUUCUGGAGCAGCCGCUCUCCGUUUCCAGAGAACAUCGAGAAGACAUUGACUCGCGUGGGGACCACCAUUGUACUCUGCUUGCUCACCUUCCUGUACGCGGGAAUAAAUGUGUUUUGCUGGUCGGCUGUGCAGCUCAAACUGGACGACCCAGAUCUGAUCGAUAAGGGUCAGAGGUGGAGGCGGCUGGCGGUGUAUUACUCCCUUCGCUUUGUGGAGAACGCAGGGUUGAUUUUGAUGUGGUACAUCUACCGGACUGAGAUUUACCAAGGCGUGGACGCCCCAGUGUUGGAACUUCUGCUGAUGUUGGGUUAUGUCACCGCGUUGUUCUUUAUGAUGCUUUUUUACCAGUUCUGCCACCCUUGCAGGCAGUUGUUCUCAACCAGCCCGGCCCAGGGUUUCUGCAAUUGCUGUGGGACCCUCUGCCUGCUCCGUGGGCCUCUUACUCAGUCGGGCUCCAUGAGGACCAAGUCCCUGUCAGAGUCACCAGGAAAAGACAUCGGAGAAGACCAGCCCUGCGUGACCAAAGGGGACAUCAACCAGAGUUUGUGCAUCUGAGGAUUAAAAUGAAGUGCCACUAGGGAUCAAAAGUGCUUUGAAUGCCUUGGUAGUGGAAUGUAAAAGGAAACUUUUGCUGCGAUCAAAGAGAUGAAUACUUUUCUCCUGUAUGGUUUACAAGGCAAAUGAGCCAGCAUGAUCCAUAAAAGUGCAUGUGUGAAAAACCUUAACAAAAUGAAAUUGCUGCUUUUGUCAUGCGAUGCAGAGAUGCGUUCCUCCUUGUUCGGUGUGUGUGCGCCAUGAUUGUUACAAUUUAUAGCAUCUGCAUUCACUGGAAGCACUGAUUUACUUAAAAGUUUGUAGUGGUAUUGUUGUAAGCUUUUGGCCUUGAUUUUUAGAGCACUUUUAAAGGGCAUUGCUUUUUAAAUGUUUUCAAAAGCGCUCAGGUUCAUUUUUAAUGCAAUUUUCUAGUUUGUUUUGUUACAGCAAAUCUCCUCAUACAGUGAAAGCCAAUAUAACAAAAGUGUUCAGUGAAGGGUCACGGGUAUUGAAAGAUAGAGUCCUGUCAUAUAACACAGACUUAUGGGAAGUAAGCCUAUUGAAAGGAUAUGAAAGCAUUUGUUUGAAAAUGCAUUUAAAAUAUAUGACCCUGGACCACAAAACCAGUUUUAAGUAGCAUGGGUAUAGCAAUAGCCAAAAAUACAUUGUAUGGGUCAAAAUUAUGUAUUUUUAUGCCAAAAAUCUGAAUAUUAAGUAAAGAUCAGGCUCCAUAAAGAUAUAUUGUCUAUAUAAUGUAUUUAUCAUUAGUAAUAUGUGUUGAUAAGGACUUUAUCUGGACAACUUUAAAUGUUAUUUUAUCAAUAUUUAGAUUUUUGUUUUAUUUUCAAAUAGUUGCCAAAUGUUGUCUUAAAGGGACACUCCACUUUUUAAAAAAAUAUGAUAAUUUUCCAGCUCCUCUAGAGUUAAACAUUUGAUUCUUACUGUUUUGGAAUCCAUUC